ACAAAGAAAAGGGGAAAAUAAAAGUUUCAGUCAAAUAGGCAAACUGAAGACAAUAACAAAUAGACAAAACAAAAAACAUUAUUAUUGAUUAUUAUCAUGGCGCAGGAGCUGUUGUCACCCACAGCGCCCCCCUCCGGUUGUAACGAAGAACUGCAGGUCCAACCGUCAGAGAGGAAGUUACGGUUAGCGUGAGCCUGUAGCUAGCUAACUUGCUAAAAAGUAAACAAGUCCGCGGGAUGAGAUGAAAUCGAAGCCAGGGACCAAGUAGCGUUACAACAAUGAAGGAAGACAAGGAAAACACUCGGCCCAAGGAGAGGAAGGUGGAAAUAAAAUGUGAAGAUGCAGAUAAAAUGGAGAGGCCGAAAGAGAAGAAAGAGGCCAUGACAAAGAUUGUGAUCAGACGAUUACCACCAAGUCUGACCAAGGAGGAGCUGGAGGAGCAGUUACAGCCUCUCCCAGAGGUGGACUACCUGGAGUUUUUCUCCAACGACACCAGCCUCUAUCCUCACCUCUUCGCGAGGGCUUACAUAAACUUCAGAAACCAGGAGGAUAUAGUUCUCUUCAGGGAUCGAUUUGAUGGAUAUGUGUUCAUUGACAACAGAGGACAGGAGUAUCCAGCUGUGGUGGAGUUUGCACCUUUUCAAAAGACUGCCAAGAAAAGAAGCAAGAAGAAGGAUGCAAAAUGUGGAACCAUUGUGGAAGAUCCUGAAUACAAGAAGUUCCUUGAAAAUUACAAUGGGGAUGAAGAGAAGUUGACAUCAACACCCGAGACUCUGUUGGAAGAGCUUGAGGCCAAAUCAAAGGAACUUGUAGCUAAGAAAACAACUCCUCUAUUGGACUUCCUGAAGAACAAACAGAGAAUCAGGGAGGAAAAGAAAGAAGAGAGAAGAAGGAGGGAGCUGGAGCGCAAGCGUCUGCGUGACGAGGAGCGUCGUAAGUGGAGGGAGGAGGAGAGGAGGAAGCGUAAAGAGGCCGACAAGAUGAAGAGACUCGAGAAGCCACUGGAGAAAGACAAGGACCAAGUUAAAGAAGAACCAAAAAUUAAGCUCCUGAAGAAACCAGACAGAGGUGAAGAUGCUGAUUCUGAGAAGCCCAAAGAAAAAGCCAAGAAACCAGAGCGGCCAAUCAAAGAUGAUCGAUCCAUGAGCAGUUCUGAUCAUAAGAGGCGUCCAAACAUUGAAAAUAAGGAAGAUCGAGGAAGGAAAACGGACGAUCAUGGCCGGAAGGAGUUCCGGGAGCGUGACUCUGACCGUGACCGAGAGCGGGAGAAGGAGCGGCGGCAGAGAGAGAAGGAGCGUCUCAGGAGACAGGACGAAGAACGACGGAGAAGGCGAGAAAGGCAGGAUGGAGAGAACUCGUACAGGAAGCGAGAGGUGGAAGGUAAAAAAGAAAAGGAGCGUGCCAUGGAGCAGAAAAAGGGCGACCAUGUUGGAGAAUCCUCUCACUCGGAGAGGCCGGAGAAGACUGCCAAAGACCACAAGAAAGAGGAGAGUGCUAAAAGAGAGCGCCUGAGAAAUAAGGACCGGCCUGCUAUUCAGCUGUACCAGCCAGGAGCCAGAAGCCGCAAUCGAGGUGGAGGCGAGUGCAACUCUGCCGAUGGGAAGCCAGACACUGAGCAGGAGAAAGUGGCAGACAAAGGAGAAGAUUGAGCAGAUUUCUACUUUAUGGCAUUUUAAGUUUGGUGAGGCGAGGGGAGACAGGCCUGCGAGGCUCAGAGCGGCGAUGUGGCGCCUCAGGGCGACGUUCACCGCAGCUCAAGCAGGGCUGCAUCCAGCUCUCCCAGUCUCAGAGGCAGAGAUGUGAUUGUGGAGCCUCUUAGCGCCUGAAUGUGACCCUCUUUAGUUUUAUUUGUUAGGAAAGGUGAGAGUGACCUUUGGAAAGAGUUUGGCUGUCAGGCACAUUAGGUGAAGCCAAAGCUUUCCAGGACCACGUGAACUUAAAGUGACCUUAUUUCAGUAUUGUUUCUCUGUUGUUCACACGGCAAACAUCGGCUUUGAACAUGUUCAUACAUAUCACACACUUGAGGCAUAAAGUCUAUUCACAGGUGUUCAACCUCCCAGUUACUCAAUAUGUCAACGCUGCCAAGCUCAUUCGUGUUGUUUCUGUCCUGAAUGACAUUUCUGCUGUUGAAUGCCAUUUUCAGUUGAAAGUGUUCGUAUGGAAAUCACCUCUGACUCUGCCUGGGGAGCUAGACAAUCCAAAUGUAUGUAAUUAAAACUUUUCAAGGUCUGUAACUGCAGAACAGUCGUAGUCUCACAGGCACAACGUGUGUUGAAGGACGUAGUCAGUUCUUGUUCUGACUGAGGAAAAAUAGCCAUUUUCUGACCAGACUGCCAUGUGACAGCUCUGCCUGCAUGCAGCCUUCAAUCGGAUCAGUGAUCGACCUGUGGCCUUCCUCCUUUUCUAAUAAAACAAAAAAAAUCUCUCCCAUAAUUUGUUAAUGUGUGAUAUACAAAACUGAAUAAAGCAUGAGAACACAUCACUGCUGGUCACACUGACAUACAGAAGCAGCUUUUGAUGGAAAUAAAUGAGGUGUUUGUGAAA